AUGAUACUCACUCAUACAGUUACACAUACACACUCAACGCAUCAGUUAUCUCUUCAAAAUACUGCUCAAAACCCUAAUUUUUCUGGGAAAAAGAAUCAAGAAAAGGGUAUGGAUAAGUUAAGAGAAUCAAUCUUGAAACUUGCAAAUAGCGAACCAAAUGUACCAUUGAGUGCUACCCAAAAUUCACUUCUUCAAGAAAAACUUAAUCAUUUUCUUUAUUGUCUUCAUACUGGUCCAGAUCAUCCUCCUUAUACUUGGAUGAUUGAAAAGGCCUUGCAGGAAUUGGAUGAAGGAGGAGGAUCCAGUGAAGAUUCAAUAUCGGAGUUUAUCAAGAAAGAAUAUGACAGUUUGCCAUGGGCUCAUACGAUCCUGCUGAAACGUCAUCUACAGAUGAUGUCUGAAAAGGGUGAAGUCCUGAUGACAGAUGGAGGACGGUUUUCGCUUCCUGGUGACAGCAAAAGCAUGAAUCAAAAGAGAAAAAGAAAGAGGAAGAGAAGGCUGGAUUGGGAAGUUAAACAAAAGAAGCUGCGGAAGAAGCAAAAGAAUGGGGGAAAGCGGGUGCAGCGCGAUGGUGGCGAAGUUGCUAAAGAACAGAAGAAGCUGGAUGAGCAACAAAAUGAAGUCACUGUUGAUGUGAAACAGGGGCAAGAAAAUCAAGUACAUGGAGAAUAUCGGGAGUUGGUUGUGCAUCAUAAUGAACCAAGCAGGGGCAAAGAAGAUGAACAGUUAAAUGCGCAGAAAAAUUCUGUAACUGGACAGAAAGUUCUUCCCAAAAGAGCUCAAAGGAUCAGAGUAGUACAUAGACAGAAAGGGACGCAAAAUCUUGAUGCUACAGAAGGAUCUGUGCCUGUUGAGCCUCCCAGGUGUAUGAUGACAGAAGAGAUUGAACAACUAGAGGAUCCAAAACUGCAGCAACUGAAGUUUAGUGUCAGCAGAGUUGAGAAAACAGCUGACAUCAGUAACUCAUGUCCACAAGAUAUUGUGGAAAACGAACAACCUGGAGUUAACCUGCCUCAAAUUUUAAGUCCUGAAGCGCCUCCAGGUUUUGAGUUUGGGGCGGAGGAGGAUGCCACCACAAAUAAAGCGCAUAACUCCUCGUCGGUAGGUUUGGACUCCUCGAAGGAAGACCGUGUUGUGGAUCAGAGUUCUGAGAGACCUGCUGAGGACCAAGUACCUAGAAUAGAUGACUUGUCCGAUGCAGUAAAACAGGCUAAAGAGAAUCCAAAGCAGCAGAGACACACCGGUGAUGAAUCUGUGCCAUCAGAAGCUGUUUUGUCCUUGAACCAGAAUGAGCAGCAGACCUUAGAUACUGAAAGGUUAGAAGAGGAUCUGUUAAAGACUAAGAAGCAGCAAAAGGAGCAGCGUGGUGGGCAGCAAACAAAUAGGCCAACGCGGACUUUGACGAGGGCGCAAAGGAAAGGAACAGUAACUCCAAAUGCACCAAUGGAGAGCUCAUCAGAACCAGAGCAGCCGUCCAUUCCAAGAAAAAUGACAAGAUUUCAGCUACAAAAGAUCAAAAGUCAACCUGUUAAAUAAAAAAUAAGCAAAAACUACUCAAAAUAAAAAUACUAAUUAGUUUCGAUAAUAAUAUAUAUGCAUUUGUACACACAAACUAUGUUGAAAUCCUCUUUCAUAUAUACUCACAAGAAAAAUCCCAUCUUCACUCU